AUCUGUUCCUUGUUCAGAUAUUCAAGUGCCUGGGACAGGCUUCUCAUCAUUAUCGGCCUCGUCGUUGCCAUAGCAUCAGGAGCCUCCAUGCCUGCGGUCAUGAUCAUUUUUGGACAGGUGAUCGACGAACUGGUGGAUUACAGCAAAAAUGGAACCAAUGAAACCACGUCUAUGCAAGACUUUUUAGACUCAACCUCAAGAUUAUGCAUGUAUAACGCAAUAUGUGGAGUUGCUAUUUUUAUAUGUAACUACAUAUAUGUAAGUUUCUUUAGCCUUGCUGCAGCAAAUCAAGCUUUUAGAAUCCGAUGUCUUUUUAUGAAAUCGAUCCUGAGGCAGAACAUUGGAUGGUUUGACACAAACCAGACAGGAGAUUUUGCAAGCAGAAUAACAGACGACUUAACCCGCAUUCAAGAUGGCAUGGGAGAGAAGAUUGGCCUCUGCAUUAGUCUUUUGUCAUCUACUGUACUUUGUGUAGGCGUCGCAUUGUACUACGGAUGGAUACUGGGGUUAGUCAUUUUAUCCACAACACCUGUUGCUGCAAUUGCAGUGGCAAGAAUGGCAAAGGUGCAGGCAAACGCUUCGCGUCAAGAACUUGCUGCUUACGCAGCGGCCGGAGCUGUCGCAGAAGAAGUCCUUUCUUCCAUUCGAACAGUAGUGGCAUUUGGUGGCGAAACAAAAGAAAUUAAAAGGUACGAAAACUGUUUGGAGCCUGCUCGGAAGAAAGGCAUAAAACGAGGUCUCAUGACGAGCAUCAUGGCCGCACUCACUUGGUUCUGCAUUUUUGCCGGUUACGCCCUGGCAUUUUGGUACGGCGUCAAACUCAUCAUUGAAAGUGAGGAAAAAGACACAAAAGAGUAUACAGGAGGAAAACUGAUUAUAAUUUUCUUCAAUGUUGGGUCGGCAGCUAUGUUCUUUGGACAGACAGCGCCAUACUUUGAAGCCUUUGCCCUGGCGAGAGGUGCAGCUGCUAAAGUCUAUCAAAUUAUUGAUCGAGAACCUUCCAUCGAUAGUAGCUCAGAUUCCGGCAUUAAGCCUUUAUCGUUGGAUGGUUAUAUCAGAUUGAAGAAUGUUGCUUUUACGUACCCAUCAAGGCCAACUGUUCAAAUAUUGACUGAAUUAUCAUUAGACGUUCAACCUGGAGAAAAAAUUGCUCUAAUAGGACACAGUGGAUGCGGGAAGAGUACAGUUAUCCAGUUGAUCUUGAGAUUCUACGACGUGGAUUCUGGAAGUGUUGAAAUGGAUGGCAUCAAUGUCAAAGAUUUGACCGUGGGUUGGUUGAGAGAUCAGAUGGGUUUUGUGGGACAAGAACCUGUUUUAUUUUCAACAACGAUUGAAGAAAACAUUAAACUCGGCAAACUCAAUGCUUCUACAGAUGAAGUUAUUGAAGCCGCAAAAAUAGCCAACGUUCAUGAUUUCAUAGCUAGUUUGCCAAAGAAAUACAAGACAUUAGUGGGCGAGCGUGGAACUCAACUCAGCGGAGGCCAGAAACAGCGAAUCGCCAUUGCCCGAGCUCUCAUCAAAAACCCGAAGAUACUUCUAUUAGAUGAAGCCACUUCUGCCCUAGACAAUGAGAGCGAAGCAGUCGUUCAAGCAGCCCUUGAUAAGGUAUUGCGAAGGGGCCGCACUACGAUUGUUGUUGCUCACCGACUUUCCACAAUCAGAACUGCUGACAAAAUUGUUUUCUUGUCAGAUGGAAAAGUCAAGGAAUUCGGCACGCAUGAAGAGUUGAUGAAAAAGAAAGGAUGUUACUACGAGUUAGUGGAAACACAGGCUAAGAAUGCUGAAGAAGAUGCUGAAGAAGAAGAAGUGAAUGAUGAAUUAUGCGAUUUAGAUACAAAAAAGAGCCUAGUGAGUAAUGAAUCUGUACAAUCUGAUGAAGGAAAGGAAAAGCGAAUCCUACACCAAUUUGCUUCAGGAAGCACUUCCUUGUACAGGCAAAUUUCAAGCGUCAGUAAUCGUCUGUUCAGGCAAACUUCAGCUAUUAGUGGCCAAAGCAAAGUCUCUCCUGCAGAUGAAGAAGAUGUUCGAGCUAAAGCAUCACCUUCCAAGAUGAGACUACUAAAAAUUUCAGCUCCUGAAUGGCCUUACGCCCUGGUCGGUUGCAUUGCUGCUGUACUCAUGGGAUUUCAUUUCCCAUUCAAAGGGAUUAUAUUGGGCGACAUAAUUGGCGUUUUAGGAAAGAACGUAGAGGAAAUGCGAGAAAGUUACCUUUCUUACUGCCUUCUUUUUGUUGUCAUGGCCUGCACAUCUUUCAUUUGUACUUUCUUGCAGAUUUUCAUGUUUACUGUUGCUGGUGAAAAGUUAACCUCAAGACUGCGAAAAAUGGUUUUUGAAAAUAUAAUUACGCAAGAUAUAUCGUUUUUUGACCAACCUACGAACAGUGUUGGAUCAUUAUGUUCUAGGCUAACAUCUGAUGCAUCCAGUGUUCAAGGGUGCACUGGUUCCAGGAUAUCCACAGUACUUCAAGCGAUUUCGACGAUGGGAGUUUGUAUUUUCAUAGCUCUCUACUACAACUACAAAAUCGGAUUGGUUGUUUUGGUGUUCAUUCCGUUCGUUCUCUUGGCGACUUAUUGGGAAGGAAGUAUCGUGAGCGGACAGUCCAUCGGAGAACAAAUCGCUACAGAAGGAGCUACUAAGGUUGCGAUCGAAGCCAUUGAGGGCAUUAGGACCGUAGCCUCCCUCCAUCAGGAAACUAAAUUUUUUGUGCAGUUUCGUGAUGCAUUAACUACUCCUUAUAAGAAAUCUAGAUUGAAAUCUCACAUAAGAGGAUUGUCAUACGGAUUUGCCCAAGGAGUUCAAGCAUUUGCAUAUGCUGCAGCCAUGUACUACGGCAGUCGUUUGGUUGCUGAAGGGGAAUUAGAAUAUGCAGAUCUUUUAAAAGUUAUUAAAGGAGUUCUUGAAGGCGUAAUGAUGGUUGGUCAAGCUGUAGCCUUUUCUCCAGACUAUCAGAGAGCAAAGGGGGCUGCAGUUCGAAUCAUACAUUUAUUAGAUUUCAAACCCAAAAUCGAUGCUUUUUCACAAACUGGACUUAUUCAGGACAGCGUGGAAGGAUUUAUUCGCUUCGAAAAAGUGUACUUCAACUAUCCCAGUCGAUCAAACGUAAAGGUUCUGAGAGGGUUAGAGCUGGCCAUCGAACCUGGAAAAACAGUUGCUUUAGUGGGUAGCAGUGGAUGCGGCAAAAGUACUUGUGUCCAGCUCAUCGAACGAUUCUAUGACCCUCAGUUAGGCGAAGUGAGAAUUGACGAAGAAAACAUCCGAGAGUUGAAGGUUUCCGAGCACCGGAAGCACCUCGGCAUCGUUUCCCAAGAGCCCACCCUCUUCGCUUACAGUAUUGCCGAGAACAUUGCCUAUGGAGACAAUUCCAGGGAAGUCGGUAUGAAUGAAAUCAUUGCAGCCGCAAGACAAGCAAAUAUCCAUAAUUUCAUUACAUCCUUACCACAGGGCUAUGAAACACCUGUUGGAGACAAAGGAGCGCAACUCAGUGGAGGACAGAAACAGAGAGUGGCAAUUGCGAGAGCUCUUGUCAGAAAUCCAAAAAUCCUCCUGCUAGACGAGGCGACGUCAGCCCUUGACGCAGAGAGUGAAAAGGUUGUUCAAGAAGCUUUGGAUAAAGCUAGAGCUGGAAGAACUUGCUUAGUCAUUGCCCACAGGUUGAGUACGAUACAGAAUGCAGAUGUCAUCAUGGUGAUGCACAAAGGUCGCAUCGUUGAAAGGGGAACUCACCAAGAACUUUUGAACCUGAAAGGAUAUUACUUUAACCUAAAUAACACCCAAGCCAUGAAUCGAUAAUAAAUCAUCAUUAAUUUCUUAUAACUUUUAGUGCAUUCUUGCUAGUUAAUCUGAAAAAAAAAAAACAAAUAAAA